CUAAUUUGGUCUGCUGGGCGGGGAGCUGCUCCUCUUAGCUGCUAGUCGAGUCAGGCAGCUGAGGAGUUGAAAUCUACGAUUCUCUGCCGCUGGAUGUUCUGGAGAACAGAGUCUCUCUGCGUCAGAAAAGGCCACCAACUCUUCCAUAAAACUGAUUUCAUGUGGUGAUUUUGCGUUUUCUCUGCCUUCUCUGAGUGGCUGACAGUAAAAAUCUGAGGAAGUGACUCCCAAAAGGAAGAGACUCGUAUCUCACAGGAACAUUUUCAGCUACUCUCAUCACCUACUACAUCUUCUGUAAUGGCUAUAGUCGUCCACUCCAGCCCCCUCUUAUGGACACGAUUGGCAGCCCUGGUCUUCGCCUGUGUGGCCUUCUCCGUGGCCAUUCAUGGCGCCAGAGUCACCCACGGAACCGGAAACUGGUGCAUCUUCUGCUGGGCCUUCAGUUUCGCCGGGUCUCUGCUCGUCAUCCUGGUGGAGCUGUUCGGCCUUCAGACCAGAGCCCCGGUUUCCUGGAAGAACUUCCCUAUCACCUUUGCCUGCUACGCCGCCUUGCUCUGCCUGUCUGCCUCCAUCAUCUUCCCCCUCUACUUCCUCAGGGGCUCCUCAGGCCCAAAUGAAAUCCGCAACUACCGCAUCGUGUCGACCGUCUUCUCCUGCCUGGCCACCAUCGCCUACAUGAGCGAGGUGAGCAUCAGCAAGGCGCGUCCAGGCGAGGUGGCCGGCUACAUGGCCACAGCCCCUGGCCUGCUGAAAGUCUGCGAGACCUUUGUGGCCUGCAUCAUCUUUGUGUUUGUCAGCGACCCCGUGGUGUACGACCGUAACGAUGCACUCAAGUACUGCAUGUCUGUCUACUGCAUCUGCUUCAUCCUGUCGGCAGCCAUCAUCCUGCUCUGCAUAGGCGAGUGCACCGGCUGCCUCCCCUUUCCGUUUGCCCGCUUCCUGUCUGCCUAUGCCCUACUGGCCGUGGUCCUCUAUCUGUCAGCAACCAUUAUUUGGCCCAUCUUCAACUUUGACACCAAGCAUGGCGGAACGAAACAAAGGCCCUACGAUUGCAGCAGCGCAAUGGGGCUGUGUUGGUGGGAUAAGCUCAUUGUGGUGGCUGUGCUCACUGCUGUUAACUUCAUCCUCUACCUGGCUGACCUGAUCUACUCCACCCGCCUGGUGUUUGUCAGCGUUUGAGGGAAGAGAAAGGGUGUUAGGUGUUAGCAGUAUGCUCCAAAUAAAAUUGAAUUUGGCAUGUUCUCAAAGGCCGCCGAACUGCUGUCAAAUACAGUGCUGUGAGCGUAUUUACUCCACACCAGCUGGAGGAGCUUGUGGGUCAUGAUGGGAGCAGACCAUAGAGUUAUACCACAACUGGUAUAGUUUAUUGUUGUAUUGCAAUCUAGUGUGACUCCAUUUGUUGUUUGAAAUUUGCCCUGAAAAUUAAAGGAUUUGAUUUCACCAUAGUUCUGGUAGAACCAAAUAGUAGAAGAGGUAGAAGUGGCCCACAGUACUUGUGUAAUGGUUGACCCAGGAUGUACUGGAGGUAAUGUACUGGGGGCAGUGAACAUGGCUUUUUAAAGAGAUUUAAAAAGAGAUUAAGGUUCAACUAGCCAACCUGGGUAAUCAAACCAAAAUCUUGUGGGGUUUUUUGGCCCCAAACAAUUUUGCCCCUGCAAACCUGCCAAAUUUGAUUUUGUGUAAAGUAUACUGCCAGCCUGAGGUCUACAGAGAGAGAGAAGAGGGAGAGGUUGAGGUCAAUGGCUAUGUUUACACGUACAACAAUAUUCCCUUAAAUAACUGAGGCUGUCUGUUCAUGUGUGGGAGCAUGUAAAUGUAAAACCUUGACAGACCUGAAUGUGAUUGCUGGAACAAGCUGAUAAUACCUGAGACAUUUAAAAAUCUUUUUAUCCAUUUUAAUGGCAGAUCAUUGCCCACUGUAAUACUCAAAAUACAAAAUAAUUUCAUGCAUACAGAGAUGUUUGUGAUCUGGAUAUGAGUAAAAUAUUAACAGAAUCUCCCGAACAAAGAUACAAGCUAACAUCCAAAAUACUAUGUGCAUGUAAACAUAGUCUGCAAUGACAAAUGAAGAAAAAACAAAGAAAAUGGCGGCUUAUUAUUGUGUUUUUGUUAGAUUUGUUUUUGCAUAAUGUAUGUGUCAGUGCUCUGCCUUAAGUUUGUUUUUUUAAAUGUCUGCCGAGCAGUAUUUCUGUUUUUAACACCUAAAAGACAAAAUGUAGAAAAAUAAUGAAUAUUAGCUGUAAGGAGACAAGAUUAAUUAAAUGUUGGAGAAAAUAUUUGAAUGCCAUACAAUUGGAAAUCCAAGACUUCAAAGAAAGUUAUAUUUAUGUUUUUUUUUUGAUAAUUUCAUUAAAUGAAUUGACAGUUUCGUUUUCCCAAUAGUAUGCAGAGCAGCUGAUAAGAUUGUAUCAUUCAUCAUUUUACACGUCUACAAUGUUUUAAGACUUGAAGAAGUGCAAAAUAGCUUACAUGAUGUUACGAUGAGUGCUAGGCUAGCUUUUUGCUCCUGUUAUGAUAUAUGUGUAUUUGUAUCUGCAAUCUAGAAUCAAUGGCAAGAAUAUAUAUGUGGAAAGAACAUAUGCAAGAUUGUGGAUUUAAAAAACAAGAAAAAUAUGUUUAAAGUGCACUUAAUAUUAGCGUUUUCUAUGUGUGUUUAAAUUUCUGGUGUCUCCAAAUAUGAAAGCAUCUAUUAACACCAAACUCACACCACUAAAUUAAUUUAUAUUGUCGAUUGGGUCUAUUGGUUUUGUACUGCUGUAAUUAAUACUCAGAGAAAGAGACCAAAAAAGAUGCGUCUCUCUCUAGAUGUUGUUACUGUUAUAUUCUUCAGCUUUUUUAUAUUCCACUGUUCUUGUCUCAAGUGUGCAUACCACAUCAGUAUUGUAGGAAAACGUAAUGCUAUGUUUCAAUAAAACCACAUGUAAACUGAA